GCCUUGCCAGGAACGUUCUUACUACAAUCUGUAACACUGAUUUGUCAAUCGUUUGAUGCAAGCCUUUUCCAGGCUACUUCGCGCCUCUGGCUCUGGUACAACGCGUGCAUUCUGGUGCUCGGCUGAAGAGGUCACUUUAUGCGCCGCGACUCGUUCAGUCAGCCAUCAACGAAUACUUCCCAUUUUAUCAUCUUAUGGCUGGCGCGGCAUGAAGCGUUCAGCCAACGGGAAACCCCGGCCCCAAGUUCCCGACUAUUGUGAUAUCGAGCCCCAGCACGAUGAGAGCGGCAAAGCGAUAUGGCCUGCACCCCAAGCGGCUCUGGAACAAGCCAGAGAAUUCAUAAAGGAGUGCGCAUCAAGCGGCAAAAAGACUCUGAUUGUGCCGGACAAGGAUGCCGACGGCCUCUCAUCCGGCGUCAUACUGUACCGGACGUUAACGGCGUUGGGCCUGGAUGCAUCUCUGAUCGAUGUCCAUCUGGUUCAGAAGGGGUCGAACAUCCAUGUGCAAUCUGAACGCGAAGCCAUGGCCGCCAAAGACGCAGCAUAUAUCUUCGUACUGGACCAAGGUUCUGUCGCCGCGCCCCCGGUGGUUGACUCAGCCACAACGAAGUCGCUGAUCAUUGACCACCAUUUGAGCGACCAUUUCCCCCAAGGCGCGCAGGUGGUGUCUGCAUGCCACUACCCGCCGGUAGCAACAAGCUCGCUACUCACAUACGAGAUCUGCAAGACCCUUGCCCCAGACCUCUCCUCGUCAUGCGCUUACCUGGCAUGUAUUGGCACCCAUGGCGACCUGGGGAACACUCUGAAAUGGACGCCACCGUUCCCGGACAUGAAGGAAACAUUCAAGAUAUAUACCAAGAAAUCCAUCAAUGACGCGGUAUCGCUUAUCAACGCGCCGCGUCGAACAGCAAAGUACGACGUGGCCACCGCGUGGACGGCACUUCUGAACUCGACGGACCCCAAGGACCUUCUGAGCAAUGGCCGGUUGCAGAGCGCUCGCGCCGAGAUCAACGCAGAAGUCGAGCUGAAUACCCACACACCUCCGAAAUUCAGUGCCGACGGACGAAUAGCCGUCCUGAGAAUCCAUACACCCGCGCAAGUCCACCCUGUGAUUGCGACGCGAUGGGCCGGACAUUUGAACUCAAAGGCUCUGGAGAUAGUCGUUUGUGCCAAUUCGGGGUAUCUUCCCGGCAUGGUCAACUUCUCCUGCCGUAUCGCACGAUGUGCUAGGACAAAAGAACCGCCUGUCAACAUCAUCGACAGUCUAAAGGCUGCUGCGGCCCUGUCGACCGAUGGGCUCAGAGACAGGCUGGGAGAGAGCUUCGCCCGAGGCCAUAAGGAGGCCAGUGGCGGUGUGGUACCGGUUGAAGCAUUCGAGGAAUUGAUGCAGCUGCUCAAAGUGGGAGAGAAGCCGGAGAAGAAGGAAGACUCCGACGAGCCCAGAGCCAAACGAGUCAAGACCAUCGACAAGAGCCCGCAGAAGAACACUAUUGGCAACUAUUUCCGCAAAGCCUGACCAGGACAAUACGGCAAUAAAGACAAUGGCUUGACUACCAAGUAUUAAAAUGUUCGGCUCAACAGCACACCGCCUUCAAAACUCCCCUGGUGCUCUCAUCAUUUUUCGAUGUUGCGACUCAUGACUUCAAGUUGGGCGCCCGCCUGGUCACUCUGACAUUGACAUUUUUUGGCUGAUGGAACCAGCCGCGCCACACCUCCCACUCUCGAUUGCCGACCAGUUCGAACUCAAAGUCGUGCAGGAUGGUCGGGAGCAACUUGUACAUUUCGGUGUUCGUGAUGUGGCGGCCGAUACAGAUGCGCUUGCCAUAGCCGAACUGCAACGUGUGCCUCUCCAUGUGUGCGGCAGCGCGUUCGCCGUCGCGCAGCCAGCGCUCGGGGACGAAAGACUCGCUGUCGUGGCCGAAAACGGCCUUGUCGAACUGCACGGCAUUGGAAUUCAUGAUGACUUCGGUGCCGCCGGCAAAGUAGCGGCCACAGAUCUCAACGCCGCCCGGCGGUACGACGCGCGGGAGGCCCGUGCCCAGAGAGCCAUGGAUGCGCAUGGCUUCGCGCACCACGGCAUGCAAGUAGGGCAGUUUGAUGGCGUCAUUGAAGCGGAUGGGCUUUUUCAGUGUGCCGUCGGCAAAGGCCGUGUCAAUCUCUUCCCGCAACUUGGCCAGCGUCGCGGGGUUCUUGUGCAAAUGAUAGAAAAUGGAGCAAAGCGCAAUCGACGUCGUGUCGCUGCCCGCCCAGAUCAUGGUCCAGAUCUCCGUGGUCACGUCGAGCAAACCAAAGUCGGCAUGCUUCCCCUCACUGACAAUGUCCAAAAGUUUGCUUAGCACGUCUUGCCGAUUCACUGGUUUCCCGGCUGCGAUGUCGUCCAGGCGUUGCUUGACAGCGGCGUGAGACUGGUCGAUGACGGUGAAGAAGCCCUUGGCGCCCGCCCGGGUCUCCGGCCACAGCAUCUGGAACAUAAAGUACAGAUUUCGCAGGCCGUACGGCACAUACGAGAUCGCAGCGACCGGGUUCGGCAUCACGUCCAUCAGAUGGCACCAGUUGUUGUAGUCGAUGUUGUCGCGAAUGAAGCCGAAUCCGCCUUCGCGUCCGUAAAAGAUCUCGCCGAUGAUGUCGAAUGUGUACUUCCUCAGCCACACGGCCAUGUCGGUGACGGCCCCGGAGGCGGCGAACUCCUCCAUUCUCUUGUAGAAGAGCGCGAUACAUCGGUCCACACAUGGCUCGUAUUCCAGCACCGCUGCCUGCGUGUAUAGGUGAGCCACGGUCCGCCGUCGACGAGUAUGGGCGGCUUCGUUGGCUUCCGUGAAAUUAUCUUGCCUCUUGGAUAUCUUCGGGUUGAAUCCCAGGUAGAAGUCGCCUUUGACGAAUUCAUGUUUCGGCCCGUAAAUUGUCUCAAUGGCUGCCGGAUCCGAAAUCUGGACAAGGUUGGGCGCCAGUCUUACGAAUGUGCCGUAUUUCUUGUGGAUGGGAAGUUGGUAGUCGUCUCCUCGGCCACAGCGAACCGCUCGGCAAUACCACAAAGACGUGACCGAAGCCCAGAAUGGUCCGGGGAAAUCCUUCAGUGGAUGGAAGUAUCGAUUAUAGAUGAAAAGGCCGAGGAGAUAAACAAGAAAGCUGGCUGCCGCGACCUCGCCGACAAGCGUCGUGAGGUCUUUUGACCAUAGAUGUGUCAGCAACAUUUAUGCUAUGAGUGUUAGUUUUGCUUGUAAAAGUGCCACUGGCUAUCAAGCGAGAGAGAAGAAAAGUGACAUUUAUACAAACCCAAAUCCCGAGGCCACGGGCUUC